AUAAGAAGUGUGAGACCCCCCCCCUGAAAGAGCUCAUUGUAGGGAAUGAUGAGAGUGUGUGCAGCCGCAGUGUGUGUGGUGUGAGUGUGUGUGUAUGUGUGUGUGUGUGUGUGUGUGAGUGAGGAGCCCCCUCCUCCUUAAACUAGGCUGGUCAGCACUGGAAGGAUUAGUGAAGCCAGCUCCACUUUAACUCACUCACUCACUCACUCACAGACAGACCCAAAAAAAGAAGAGAGGUGGUGGGGGGGGGGAAAGAUUUGCAACAAGCAGUGAAUCAUGCUCGUCGUCAUUACUAGCGACUGGGAGUGGAGCCGAAAUUGUGCAAGAUACGGAUAACAGCGAGGAAAAGGUCCGUGCGGAUCGAGACAAGUUUUUUUUUUUCUCCAAGGGUCUCCUCCUUCAUUCUGCCGUGAAAAUGCCUCAUCGGGGGCUCCUCCGCUGCUCCUGCUGCCGCUGCUGCUCCUGCCGCUGCUGCUCGGACCCGUCGCGUUAUGCUGCCUCCCUCACAUGUGCUUUAUGUUGAAGAAGGAGAAGAGGAAGAAGAAGAGGAAAAAGAAGUGAUAUCAGGAUAAAACCUGCAAAAAAAACCUGUAAGGGGGAUAAAAAAAAACAAAACAACAACAACAACUAAAGAGGAAUAUUUUUUCCUUUUUUUCGUCGUGUGGAGAUUUUUUUUUCCCCCUCAAGAAGUGGAAGAGAGAUAGGAGGAAGAAGAGGAGGAGGAGGAGGGAGGUGGGGGUGAAAAGUUGUACUUGUUGGUCAAAGAGGGGAAAACAUGGGGAACGCAGGGAGCAUGGACCAGCACACUGAUUUCAGAGGACACAACAUGCCUCUGAAACUGCCCAUGCCCGAGCCAGGUGAACUGGAGGAGAGAUUUGCAACCGUUUUGAACUCGAUGAAUCUUCCUCCAGACAAAGCACGACUGUUGCGGCAGUAUGACAACGAGAAGAAGUGGGAACUCAUCUGUGAUCAGGAGCGAUUCCAAGUGAAAAACCCGCCUCACACGUAUCUCCAAAAGCUGAGGAGUUAUCUAGACCCAGCAGUCACAAGAAAGAAAUUCAGACGAAGAGUUCAGGAGUCCACCCAAGUCCUGAGAGAACUGGAAAUUUCGUUACGGACCAAUCACAUAGGGUGGGUCCGAGAAUUCUUAAAUGAAGAGAACAAAGGCCUGGACGUGCUGGUGGAGUAUCUUUCUUUUGCACAGUAUGCCGUCACGUUUGAUGGAGACUGUGCGGAGAACAACCCAGAGGCUGUGAUGGAUAAGUCUAAGCCCUGGAGCCGCUCUAUAGAAGACCUGCAUGGAGGAAGCACCCUGCCGUCUCCCAUCACUGGGAAUGGCAUCACACGUGCUGGACGACAUUCCACAUUACGUCAUCUACUCUACUGUCUGCCAGUCUUCGAUUGCAGGACGCCGGGGACACUGAGCUGUCCAAAGUGCUCUCAGAUAAGACGUUGCAACACACUGCCGAGCCGGAGAACUCUGAAAAACUCCAGACUGGUCUGCAAGAAAGACGACGUCCACGUCUGCAUCAUGUGCCUGCGUGCUAUUAUGAACUACCAGUAUGGCUUCAACAUGGUCAUGUCACACCCACAUGCUGUGAAUGAAAUUGCACUAAGUCUCAACAAUAAAAACCCAAGAACUAAAGCCCUGGUCUUGGAGCUCCUGGCGGCAGUGUGUCUCGUGAGAGGAGGCCAUGAAAUUAUUCUCUCCGCGUUCGACAACUUUAAGGAGGUGUGUAUAGAGACACAGCGGUUUGAGAGGCUAAUGGAGUAUUUCAAGAACGAGGACAACAACAUCGACUUCAUGGUGGCCUGUAUGCAGUUCAUCAACAUAGUUGUGCACUCAGUGGAGGACAUGAACUUCCGAGUUCAUCUACAGUUCGACUUCACCAAACUGUGUCUGGACGACUACUUAGACAAACUAAAGCACACAGAGAGCGAUAAGCUGCAGGUUCAGAUCCAGGCCUACUUGGAUAAUGUGUUUGACGUGGGAGCCCUUCUGGAGGAUGCGGAGACCAAAAACGCUGCCCUAGAGCGCGUGGAGGAGCUGGAGGAGAACAUGUCACAUAUGACGGAGAAGCUGCAGGACAUGGAGAACGAGGCCAUGUCCAAGAUCGUGGAGCUGGAGAAGCAGCUGAUGCAAAGGAACAAGGAGCUUGAAUCUAUCAGGGAAGUCUACAAAGACACAAGUUCGCAGGUGCACUCGCUGCGACAGAUGGUGAAGGAGAAGGAUGAGGCCAUCCAGCGGCAGAGUAACCUGGAAAAGAAGAUCCACGAACUGGAGAAACAAGGCACCAUCAAGAUCCACAAGAAGGGAGACGGUGACAUCUCCAUCCUGCCCUCGCUACCUUCCGGUGUGGAGCACUUGCCGGGCUCCGUGAUGGGAGGAAACAGUGCUGCUGUUGGUUCAAACCACGUGGGAGUUGUAGGGGGCACGUCUGCUACCCCACCACAGCCUCCCCAACCCCCUCCGCUGCCAGUGAACGGCACAUUGUCAAACGGACCAUCAUCGGCUGUUCCUGCACCAGCAGCUCCCCCACCUCCGCCACCGCCCCCUCCACCUCCGCUUCCUCCCACAGGGCCGGCCUCGUUGAUCUCAGCACCUCUGCCUCCUCCGCCUCCUCCUGUAGCCCCCCCACUGCCCGGCUGUGGGACGCCCACUGUUAUCAUGAACUCUGGGUUAGCAGAGGGACCCAUCAAACUUUUCUCUGUUAAGAUCAAGAAACCCAUCAAGACAAAGUUCUGUAUGCCCGUCUUCAAUUGGGUAGCCCUGAAACCAAACCAGAUCAACGGGACUGUCUUCAAUGAGAUUGAUGAUGAGAGGAUACUCGAGGACCUAAACGUGGACGAGUUCGAGGAGAUGUUUAAAACGAAAGCUCAGGGCCGGGCAAUCGACCUCACCAUGACCAAGCAGGUCAAUCAAAAGGGGCCCAACAAGGUGAUGCUACUGGGCUCCAACAGAGCAAAGAACCUGGCCAUCACACUGAGGAAAGUGGGCAAGACUCCCGAGGAGAUCUGCAAAGCCAUUCAGAUCUUUGACCUACGAACUCUGCCGGUGGACUUCGUGGAGUGUCUGAUGCGCUUCCAGCCUACUGAGAAUGAAAUUAAAGUCCUGCGGCAGUUUGAGAAGGAGCGCAAGCCACUGGAGAGCCUGACGGAUGAAGACCGCUUCAUGAUGCAGUUCAGUAAAAUUGAGCGGCUCAUGCAGAAAAUGACCAUCAUGGCCUUCAUCGGCAACUUCUGUGAGAGCAUACAGAUGCUGACGCCGCAACUUCAUGCCGUCAUCGCAGCAUCUGUGUCCAUCAAGUCAUCACAGAAGCUGAAGAAAAUCCUAGAGAUUAUCUUGGCUCUUGGAAACUACAUGAACAGCAGCAAAAGAGGAGCAGUGUACGGAUUCAAGCUGCAAAGUUUAGACUUGCUACUUGACACCAAGUCGACGGACCGUAAGUUAACGCUGUUACACUACAUAGCCAACGUGGUAAAGGAGAAAUAUGCGCAAGUUUCUCUCUUCUACAACGAGCUGCACUAUGUGGAGAAAGCUGCAGCAGUGUCGUUGGAGAACGUCCUGUUGGAUGUUAAGGAGUUAAACAGAGGCUUGGAGCUGACUAAAAGAGAGUACAGCAUGCACGGCCACAACACCAUGCUCAAAGACUUCAUUGCACACAAUGAGAGCAAGUUGAAGAAGCUACAGGACGAUGCCAAGAUUGCACAGGAUGCCUUUGACGAGGCAGUGAAGUUCUUCGGGGAGAACUCCAAAACAACGCCGCCCUCCGUCUUCUUCCCUGUGUUUGUCCGAUUUGUUAAGGCUUACAGGCAAGCAGAUGAGGACAACGAGCAGAGAAAGAGGCAAGAGCAAAUUAUGAUGGAGAAACUUCUGGAACAGGAGGCCAUGAUGGAGCAAGACCAGAAGUCUCCAUCUCAUAAGAACAAGCGGCAGCAGCAAGAGCUGAUCCAGGAGCUCAGGAGGAAACAGGUGAAAGACAGCCGCCACGUCUACGAAGGCAAAGAUGGAGCGAUUGAGGACAUCAUCACGGAUUUGAGGAAUCAGCCUUACAGGCGAGCAGACGCCGUGCGGAGGAGUGUCAGGAGACGCUUUGAUGAUCAGAACCUGCGGCCGGUGAACAACGGCGAAGUGGUCAUGUGACGAGGGAACGGUGCAUGUGCUGGGAGGGGGGGGGGGGGGGAGAUGUGUAACGUCAAGAUUGGGAGAGACGGGAGGUUUGAUGCAGAUUGAAGGAUGAGUGACAAGUGUUGUAGCAACCAUAGAGAUGACUAUGUAUAUAUAUUACAUAAGAAUACAUGUUAUUCCAUGUCUGUGGUACAGGAGCAGUGUUUCACUAUGAAGGACUGGGACAUGUGUGGGACUGAUAUUUAAAGUGUCUGAAAAGGUUGAUGCAGAAAACCUUAGACGAGCCAAGUGCCUGAACUUAUUUUUGAGGGAUAAUGUCACGCUGUCUUCUGUUUGUCUGAUGGCUGUUUUUUUAAAUAUUCCCCACUUCAAGCAAUACGAUGUGACCUGGCUUUAAUUUUAAAAGAAAGUGUAAAAGUGGACUUGUGGUGGAGAGAGGCUUCCUUGGAAAGCGUAAUGUAGAAUGUAUGGGACGUGUUCCCUUUAGCUGUUACAAAUAUUACAUCUUCUAGUGUUGAGUGUGACUCUCUGUAAUAUCUCGGUACAUUCCGGUGCUCUUUUUCAUUCUUCGUACUUUACAAACUUGUUUUCAACCUGCACCUUUUUUUUUUUGUACAUCUCAUGAGGCUUUUCAACUUUGACUAAAAAGGGCUGAUGAUCAGGCACGAAGAAGGUGAUCAGAAAAUCCUUAAAAUUCUAUAUUUAUACUAAAAAUGAGUAUAAGGAUGACGAAGAAUGAACGAAAAAGACAUCAACAGUAAUUCAUUUCAACACGAGACUGGGCUAAUGUGAAUUGUAUAUAUCAGGCGUCUCCAUGCGGACUUCUCUUUUAUAAGUUGUUACAAUGCUUAAUGGAUCAAUCCAGAAUUUGAAGCUCUUAAUUCAUAGAAGUAGGCUGCCUGCUCACAUAAAAAAAUCUACCGUCCUUGUAAAAUGUUACAUAUCUGUAGCUGCACAGCAAUUUGUUUGGUUUCUGGGAACAAAUAAAAGCCUGUAAAGCAACAAAGAAUGCGUUUUCUACCAAACUGCACGAAAGAUACUGAACCCGACUGGAUGAUCUUAUUGUCAGAACUGGACACAACUUUGCAUUUCAUCCGUCUACUCUUUUCUUUUUUACAGAUUAAUUAUAUUCUAGGCUACUGUGUCUACUCACUUUAUUGUAAUUUUAAUGUAUAGUAUUUAACCACUGAAAGGAUUCCUUUAAGCUCAUGUUUUCAUCUAAAUGUGUGUCAUGGCAAAACAAGUACACAACACAAAAAAACAAAAUCCUAAAUGUACAGAUAUUUUGCUACAAACCUUGUUUUCUUUAUUUUUUUUUUUUUUUUUACUUAAUUCACAUUACCAGAUGGUUAAUAUUGUACAUAUUGUUUAAACAAAAGUUUUCAUUGCCUUGUGCUAUACAACUUGAAUGUUAUUUUAACUUAUAGUUUGUUUCAAUGUUUGUAUAUUUAAUUAAGCCAAAUGAAUCUACAGUAGUGUGUUGAAUCAUAAUGUCUCACUGUCAGGAGGCAGCAGAUCACUGAAUUUGCUUGUGGGUGUGUCACAGGCGCGUCAAAGCCAGUUAUGAAAAACAUGCAACAUGUUCCUGUUGUGCAGAUGUUGGUACAUUUGGACAGAUGUAAGCUCUUAAAUCAGACACAUUGUGUCUAAUAAAACUAGUUUCUAUUAGUUGACCUGUGGUUAGCUGGUUUUGUGGCUUUGUGAUACACCCUCCUGUAAUUAUCUCCACUGAAGCACGUGCUGCCGAUCAUCUCUCUUCUCUCAACUUCACUGUCUGUAAUAGUGACAUUUCUCUAACUGGAUAAUACUGGCAUGUUUUUUUUGUUACUUUCACCAGAAAUGUAUUUUAGGCAGUUUGUGCUUAUUACAAAAUAACAAGCUUUUUUUUUUUUUUUUUUUUAAAGUAGGUGAUAUGAGAUUUUCAACGAAUAUGAUCAAAUAAACUAUUUACAUUGAAUAUAGAA